UCUGAGCUUGGGGAGGGACCAAGAGAGCAGGUGUGGUGGCAGGGGGGGCGGGGUGAGUAAAACUAUGAGAACAAUGACAGCGGACGUUCCUAAGGUGUAACAAGCUACAGUGCUCCACUCCGCUUCACGAGAUACCGCGACAGGUGUGACGGAGCACGCCUGCCAAGGAGGUGGCCAGGAGAACAAGAGCGUGAACAAGCGAGGUCAGAACAAACGAGAUCCAAAGAUCAGCCAUGGCCAACACGGACACAGACUCGCCUGCUGGAUCGGCGCAGCCCCAGAACCAGUCUGCUUGCCCAGACGUGUCAUCAGACCCAAGGCCGGUCCCCUCACAGCAGCCUGCCAGUAAGUCUUAUCACAAUGCUCAUGGAGGCAAAGCAAAGAGCUGCUCACCAGACAGAGUCUCAGAAGAUCCCAGACCUUUGGAGGCUGUGAAUAUCCAGGUGAACGGCACAGGGGGCAAAACGGGGCCAGACCCCCCCAGGAUCAUGGGCACCAAUAACGAGAUAGAAGAUCCAGAACUUGGGACAUCAGAAGAAGUUCAAGACCAAGAAAAAGGUCCCGAGGAGGCCAGUGAACAGGGAGCUCUCAUGGAGGCUGGAGACCCGGAGGACGCCCUGAGCCCAGGAGAGGUGGUGUGUGACUCGUGCAUCGACAGCCCCCGCCGGGCAUGCAAGUCCUGCCUCACCUGCCUGGUGUCAUACUGCGAGGCUCACCUGCGCCCCCACCUGGAGAAUGCACGCUUCCAGAGUCACCGGCUGGUGGAGCCACUGCAGGACAUGGAGGUCCGCACCUGCGACAUCCACCGCUGGCCCCUGGGGCUAUACUGCAGUCAGGAUGGGUGCUGCGUGUGCCAGGAGUGCGCCGAAGGGGGGCACGGAGGGCAUGACAUUAUGCCCGUCAGACAAGCGCGGCAUCUGAUCGAGAAGGAGCUGGAACACAAGCGGAUGGAGAUGCUGAGAAGUGUGACAGCCGCGGAGAACGCCAUCCAGAAGCUGCACAGCAACGCCGCCUCCAUCGAGGCCUCUGUGGCUGAGGUGCACGGCAUGAUCAGGCAGCAGUUCAGCAGACUCCAGGCCGUGGUCGAGAAGACCCAGAAGGAGGUGACGGAGAUCCUGGAGGGUGAAGCCGGGCAGGCCUUCAAGCAGGCCGACGGCAUCCGGACGCACCUCGAGCACAAAUGCAAAGAGCUGAGGAAGACGCAGGCACACAUGGACAAGCUCUCCAGGCAGAGUAACGACAUCGACUUCCUGCAGGAAUACUCGCAGUGGAAGCAGGAGUCUCUGGAUUUCUCCCUGCCCAGUGUGUACAUCAGCCUGGCGGAUCGCAUGACCUGCUUCAGUCGCCUCGUCAUCGAGGCGACCGCGGAACUGAGCGAGCGUCUGCCGUCCAUCUACAGGGAGAAGCUGAAGGCAUCGGACAAGGCCGAUAAAAUUAGGAUAAAGAUGAUGGUUCAUGCAUUGACUACCCUGAUUCACGUCAAUCCGAAGACCCGAAAUGACUUUCUGAAGUAUUGCACCCCGCUGAGCUUUGACGCUGACACCGUCCACAAGUUCCUGCGGCUGACCAAGGAGAACAGGAAGGUGACCAACACCACGCCAUGGCAGCACGACUACCCGGACACGACGCAGCGCUUCGAGCACUGGAGGCAGGUGCUGGCGGCAGAGAGUUUCUACCUGGGCCAACACUACUUAGAGGUGGAGGUGAUCGGAGAUGGGGUGCAUGUGGGCCUCACCUACAAGAGCAUCGACCGGAAGGGCGAGGGCACCAGCAGCUGCAUCAUGGGUAAUAACUUCUCCUGGUGCCUGCAGUGCGGGAAGCGUGGCUUCUCCGCCUGGCACGGUGACGCCGAGACGCCCCUGAAGGCGGACGGGUUCACGCGUAUCGGCAUCUACGUGGACUACAGACGAUCCUGGCUGGCCUUCUUUGGUGUGGCCGACACCAUGACCCUCCUUCACGAAUACCGCGCCGAGUUCCUGGAACCCCUGCACGCUGCCGUCUGGCUGCCCAAGAAGGACGACUCGGUGAUGCUCAUUGGGCCUGAUGACGCCCCAUCUGAGACGGGCUCCUUGGCCCCCUCCACACCUCCCGAUGCCACCACCGUGGCCACCAACACCAACGGCCCCAGUGCAAUGCAACAAAGUUAAGGCCUCAACCGUUUAGUUAGUAAGCGUCAGCAGAAUUUGAGACGCUGCUUUAGAUUAACGAGGAACCAGAUCAUAAUGGUCCAGCAGAAACAUACAUGCAUCAGUGGAAGCAUCACUUCCUAAUGGUUUAUUGCAUCCAAAUGAUUUCUGGUUUCUUAAAUAACAUCAACCCUAGCAGAUAAAGUAUAACAUUAUUAACAUAUUUCUGAAUGAGUCCGUUUACUUUUCAACACUAAGGGGAAUGCAGCUCCUGUGCCCACGGGGCAGCUCCUGUGCCCACGGGGCAGCUCUGCUUUAGCCAUUUCAGAGCACCUGCUCCUCGCUGGGUCACCUGACACAGAUGAGAUUGUGGCGUGACUAACCGCCGGAAACCAAAAGGCAUGCGUCACUUUGCAUAGCGGUGGAGAGCAGGCAGGUGGCAGGCGACAGGGGCCACGCACAGGGGAAGUGCUGAGGACCUGUUCAGCCUGUUUUCCUCAGGAAGUCCCAAAUGCCUUUCAAAACACAACGAAGCAGUGAGUAUUAUGUUAGCUUGUUUACCUGGGUUGACCUGUAUGAAUUACUGCCCGGUCAAAACUCAGCAUUAACUUCUGGUCACUGUCACUGUCACACCUGAGUUCUGUUUGUCUAUUUCUCCCCGACUUGCAAGUCGCUUUUAUUUUUAAUAAAUAUUUAUGGA